CUUCUCCAAUUUUUUUCCGUAGAUCUUGAAAAAGAUGUAAAUAUAUUUGGCCGUGGUACAAACAAUGAUGUUUGUUUUGAGCCAAGAGCUUUUAAAAAGAACCCACAGUAUCAAGCAAUCAGCACAAAACAUUUCAAAUUGUACAGGGAAUAUGGUGCUGAUGGAACAUUUAAUGUAUUUAUAACUGAUCUUAGGUUAUUAUGUCUUAUUAGGGGUGCAUGUGGUGAAGUACGCCUAGCAUUCAGCAAGGGAACUUGCGAGAAAUUUGCAGUCAAGAUUAUCAGCAAGAAAACAUUUUCAGUUGGGGUGAGUUUCAUCCUGUCUGUGCAGUUUUCUUUUUUCUUUCUUUUUUUGUUUUGCCCCCUAUCANUUGGAGGCUAUCCUCCGUUUUCUGAAGAAAUAAAGAAGCACACGCUUAACGAACAGAUUAUCAAAGGAUUAUACACAUUUCCGAAAACUUACUGGAAAGCCGUCUCGCCAAAAGCCAUUGAUCUAAUUAAGAAGCUUCUGACUGUGGAUCCGAAGAAAAGAAUAACUGUAGAAGAAGCUCUUCAGCAUCCGUGGAUCUCAGAUGACGAGGAAGUCAUAGACAAAGCGAAUCAGCUGAUGUCUUCAGUAUCAUCAGACAUGCCGCCACCUUCUGGGCCUGUGCUUAAAAAGAGGCACCCUUCUGAUGAAGAUGGCAGCCCAGGCCCCAGACGGAAACGAAUCUCCACCGAUAGUGUUGAGAGUGACAGCACAACAGUUCUUUCGUGACCAAAUUACGCAUUACCGUCACGCAGAGCUUAAUUAAAAUUGGGGCCGAGUAGGGUGCUUUCUAGAAACAUAACAAAGGGCUUUUUCGUAUGAUGGUCGAUAGAUGCGGUGAUGUUGAAAUAGUAUAAUCUUUGAGUCGUUUGUAAUGAUUGCAUGAACGCGUUGGAGGAGAUGAAGGUUGUCUCUGUACCCAUUCGGAAAUAAUGCGCAUUUUCUGCCGAAUCAUCGUUUUAUUUCCCAGGAGUUUACGGCAGUUUUUCUCCAAUGGGUAAAUGGUGUACUCCAAAGUGUUACACCUCAGCUUGACGUCAUGUCGUUUCGUCAUGUUGCUUAGCAACACCACUCAUGCCACGGGUUUAAACUGAAAGGGGUUUUUGUUUCCCUAAUUGCAGUCAAGACUUGACAUAACAUCAUGGUAGUGGAAAUAACGUUAACAACUGUAACUAGUAUGUGUAACACCACCCUGUAAUUGAAAGCUCACCUCUAGUGUAAAAGUCACCACCACAAUUGCGGUUAAGAAACUGCAGACCGUGUCCCUGUGCACAUAUAUCCCGUUUGGGAGUUUCUGCAUCGUAACAGAACCCUAAACAUUUUAAGGUUUAGAUUUAGUUUUCUGACCGAUAACCGAACUGUCAUAUCCUUACACACGCGAUGUAAUAGCAGUCCUUUGAUGUGUGUAUUUAAGGGUGCGUUCCUUUGGGGUGAUCUGGAUCAGGAUCAGUGAUCCAAGAUCACCCCAAAGGAACGCACCCUUAAUUGUUGUGGCUUCAACACCUCUCGUUCUCUUGACGAAACUCGGUGAUCUUUGCCAGGUAAAGUGUUUAUUCUGAAAUAGAUUCAAAUGUGUUUUAAAAAGAGGGUGGGGAGGAAAGGAAGAUGACAGCUUAUUUUGGCAUUUAGGGAAAACGUGCUACUAUAUCCACACACUGUUCAAGGCAAUUAAACUAAUUUAUGCAGCCAAGUUGAAAACUUGGAACACACUUCAUUUUCCAUGUGUACAAUAAGCUCCCUUCACUGUUGGGAUGCCGGUCACGGCACGCUCGAUCCCAAAACUUUCGCUUUCUUCACAGUGAUAUGCAAAAGAGGGGCUCCAGGGUCGAGAAUGGGAUUCUGGUCAGGUUACCCUAUCAUGACAGGAGAGUGUUACCUAUAGGAACAAUACCUUUAUAGUCGCACCUUUCAAGCAAUGAGAAAUUUAAUCAUUACUGGUCCGUCUUCUGUUACUCACGAAUAUUAAUAUAUAGUUUUUUUAUGCUUGUCAAACAAGAUCAAUUAUUGUUCAAAGUUGAACUUAUCAUUGUUUGGGUAUUAAAGAAAUGUCGUUUGAAACAUCA